AUGACACCUCUGCAGGCGAUUCAACAGCUCUCGCGGGCAAUCUAUCACGUCGAGGGGCAUGAACUGCAGAACUCAGACGCGGGAGAUGUGGGAGAAGAGACAAAUACAAUAACAGCACGGGAAGCGGCAACCAGAGGCCCAUCUCAGAAUGAAGAUACCAGUAGUUCAGGGGGCGAUGCCGAAGAUGCGCCAGCGGAUGAAGACCCACCUGAAUCUGGUACUACUACUACUACUACUACUACUACUACUACCACUUCUUCUAGUGAAGAGGUGGUGGAUGCCACUUUGGUACCGGGAGGUGAGCUUGGAGCCGCGGACCCCAUAACAGGUGUGCAGGAGGAAGAGGCAGAGUACCGUAGCCAGAUCGAGCGGGAUUACUUGUUCAGCACGCGGGCCGGACUAACUUCUGCUGCAAUGGCGUCAUCGUUACCUCCCGCUGGACCUAGCACCGCCGCUAUGGCGCUACACGGCUACGUGAAUCCGUUCUCAGCGUCACCCCUACAUAACUCCAUGCUCCGGCCGUUUGUGGGGACAGCAGCAGUGGAGCCGACAACGCCAGCUCACCAGCAGAUGAACACAGGAGGUCACCGGCUGUAUGUCCCUACGCUCGAAGGCCCUGUCUUUCAGGUCCAGACUAUCAUUUCCACCCGCGUACCUGUCAUUAAGGUGACGGAGAAAGCCACUGGGAUGAGGGGUGACAUUACAUUCGCUGGUGGCGAGCACUGGCGCUCGAUGCAGUUGACAAAUCACCUGUUAAAACGGUACCCGGCAUCGCGGGGGCUCAUUCUGUUCCUUAAGCAUUGUGUGCGCCAGAUGGGAAUAGGUGAUUCACAGCCUGGUGGUGUGACGUCAUUCGCUAUCUAUCUGAUGGUGCUGCACUUCUUCAAUGAGAUAACCCGACACAUUGAGAGACUGCUGCAACAACAGCAACAGCAACAGGAUGACGUGGCACGUGUAGCUGCAAAGUCUAGGGCUGAGGCCGCGGGGGCCGCCUGUGGGGUAGGCGACACUGCCAGUACCAGUGACGGUGUAAGGAAUAGCAAUGCGUAUGCAUCUGUCUCACAGGCGCAGGGCCCAUCAUCUGCUCACGCGGAGCCUAUAGCAUCUCCAACUUCCUCUAGGCAUGCGUCAUUCUUUGAAGACAAGUUCUCGUUGGUAGAGCUUAUUCUCAGGCAACGGUUUAACUCUAACCAGAAGAGCAGUGACGGCAAGCAGAAUGCCGUGGGUAUAUUGAAUUCUAUCCUGGCGUUCCUCGACGAGGAAGAGCUGCAUGGAGGCCGCAAUGGUGAAGAUAGUCAGCGGGCGGCGUGCCUCGUCGAGGAACGAACGGGCGCUAAACUUGUUGCACCUUCCGGUUGUGCCGCCGCGUCAACUGACGCCACACAACCUGGCACGGCACCACAGCCUGCGGACUCAGCUGCCGCCGUGCCCACAGCACGUGACGACGCCACGAAAAUGGCGUUGCGCGACGACGACGACGGCGUCGACAGCAACAACAAGAACGAGGAGGAGGAAGAGGACCAACCGGAGGUGGGUGGGGCGACUCAGGCAAGCUGUGAAGAGAAGGGCGAAGACACUAGUUUCGGUGGGGCUGCGAAGGAGGAAAAAACGGAGAACGAAGAAGAGGAGGAGGAGGAGACGGAGACGGCGACUGAGGAGAGCGAGACAAGCUUGAUUCGCUCCGUGGCUCUCCGGCUGAUCUCGACGUUUUCUCUAGGUUACCUGUUCCAUGACUUCUGUUAUUAUUACGGCUUUGCCUUCGACUACGACAACCAGGGACUCUGCUUCGAGCCCAAUGGCGAGUCAAAGGUUGUGCCGAAACCGAGGAAGUGUCAGCAGAGGGGGCAACACUUAUUCAUGACAUCGCCGUUCGACGACCAGUAUGACAUCACUGCAAGGAUGCUACACACACGCGAGUUCCAAGAGCUCUGCUGUAUGUUUGUUCCCAUCACAGACCCGCUGGCGACUUUCACCGGGUAUGGUGGCGGUGGCUGCACGCUGCAGCAGGCACUGGAGUGGAUCACGCCUGAGACCGCCUUUGAGGAACUCAUGGAAGUUCACACAGCGAUCCUGCAACAGCAACAACAACAACAACAGCAGCGUGUGGAUGCACCGGGUACGCUCUUGGCAAAGCUAGAGGAGCCGGCAGCUUCCUUGCCGUUUCUUCCAGAAGCAACGAAAAGCGCACCACUGCCGCUGCCGCUGCCGUGGCUGCGCACUGACGGAGAGAAGACAGAGCAGAUAGCCGCCACCGCAUACACAAACUUGCACACCAACAUGGAGGAGCCUCCACUGGAUAGUCGACCUUCCCGCCACCGAGAGACGGCCACGUAUAGCAGAAGCAGCACUCCUAGCGAGCUGCAUAGCAAGGAUGACCGGGAAGUUGGGGAAGCUGCGGAAGCUGCUGGUGCCGCACCCAUCAUUAUGGUUCCUUUUGCGUCCCGUGGCGGCGGCGCAGGAGUGGCAAUACCGGGGAGCAAGUCGUCCACGGUUGAUCCGCGGGGCGGCGAGUUAGCAAGGGGCCGGUCAACGGCGUCAACGACACGCCGGCAGGUGAAGCGUUGCGAGGGGAUUGUGGAGGACCCAACAACAACAGCAAGUGGUGGUGGCGCUCCGGCGCGGUCGUCACCGAAGUCUGCUACAUCAGUUUCACCAGUUCCGGCAGUAGCUGCGGUGGGACCCGCACUCCCAGCCCCUGCACCUGCGGCAUCUCCCUCCCACCCCAGCAAGGGGGUUCCACUGGGGGGGAAUGCAACCACAGUGAAUGGUGAAACGGUUUAUGUGCGCGGGCAGCACAUGCGACCGAACACCGUACAUCAUCAUCUUCAACAACAACAGCAGCAACAGCUUCCAUUUGGUCUCACCGCUCCGUUUCAGAUGUUUUUGUUCCCUCCCAACGGUGCUGGCGCCAGCUAUCCCGACCCGUCACAGUUCUAUUUCCCGAUGCCACAUCCUGCUAGUGCGGCGCUGCACUAUCACCCCCAACAACACCAGCACCACCUGCAUCAUCAUCAUCAACCUAUGAUGCCGUUCCCAUAUUUGGGUUACGAGAUAAGUCAAUUGUAUCAACAACAUGCUGCUUUUGACGCAGUGAAUAGCGGUGGAAGUGGUGGUGCUGGUGCUGGUGCUGGUGCUGGUGCUGGUGGUGUCGGUAGCGGUGGUCCCACGCUGAGUAUGCAAGGGUCCACCCAUGGGCCCUCGGUGCCCCACGGGCAAGGGGGCACGCGCGGUGGUGGAGCUUCCCCUCAUGGUGGAGGACGCAUGCGUGGGCGUGGCGCUCAUCGUGGCAACAACAACAGCAACAACAACGGUGACGGCUAUGGUGAGAAGGCGACACACCUUAAGACUGCGCUUACAGCCUUGCUAGAGGUGCCAGCCACGGCACCCGAGGGAGCAGCGCCGGAUAACAACAAUAACAAGACCAUCCUCAAUGACACGACAACGGAGACGGUUUCAGAAGGAGCACCAUCUAAGGAGCGUCAGCAAGGCGGUUCAGAUGUGAAAGAUAAGGCACAAGCAGAGGCUUCCUCUUCGCCCGGAUACGAGGCUCAACAGCAACAUCAGUAUCAGCAUCACCACCAGCAACAACAACAGUUUGACCUAGGUAACCAUUACCAUAACCACCAACACAAUGGUACAAAAUCGAAGAGCAAUAAUCAGCAUCAACACCAGCAAGCAUACUGGCGACACCAGCACACCACAACAAUGAUGAUGCCACACCACAUUUAUCCAUUUCCAAACCCUGUCGAUGCAGCAGCCUCUGCUGCCAUGUUCACAUCAAUGCAGGGAGGUGUGGGUUUCCAGCAACAGCAGCAGCAACAUCAGAAUGCGAGUGGAGCGGCUUACUCAGCUGCUACUGCGGCUGGUCUGCCCAGAAUGUCCGUUGUCGGACUCCCUGCGUACAGCCCAACAGGUUCCAUGAUAAAUGAUACCCAUCACCAUCACCACCACCACCACCACCACCAGCAGCAGCAGCAUCAGCACCAGCAGCAUCAGCACCAGCAGCAUCAGCACCAGCAGCAUCAGCACCAGCAGCAUCAGCACCAGCAGCAGCAGCACCAGCAGCAGCAGCGGUGGCAGCCGACGUUCCCUCCGCAAAGGCCAGAGGGAACUCCUCCAGGUGGCAGUGCUAACAACAAUUCGAAGAGCGGAGGCCACGCUCGCUCCACGCAGCGGACACACGAUGUAGGGGAGGACCCUAUUACAGAGGAACGGAAACAGGAGGGUGAGGAUAAUAGCGGCGAUGCUGGCCUCGCCCAGAGCUAG